GCAUAUGCCUUAAAAUAUGGAUUAAAUAUUAUCUUAAAUUCAAGGAAGUGCAUAAACAAUGCCCUUAUAGUCAGAUUGAAUGACGAGUAAGAACUAUCUUUAGUGAGCAGGAAACCGCAUUUAAAUAGGAUUGCUAUCUCGCCAACGAUAUACAACUUAGGAGUAGGAUAUUCUCAUAUCUCUGCCCAAAGGAAGUUUUGGUGGAAUCUACAUGUUGACUGCAGCUACAUCUGGAAGCUGGAGUCAAAGCUCAGCCUAAUCACUUCAGUGGAGUGAGAAAUGACAAUGGACAGCUUUACAGAUGUCUGGGCAAAGCUCAAGGAACUGCAUGACCAAGAAGUACAAGGACUGUACACAAAGUUAACCGAAAUAAACAUGGAGCGAUGUCUUGAUGCACAGAGAUUGGAAGAGCUGUUCAGCAAGAACCACCAACUGAGGGAACAGCACAAGAUAAUGAAUGAAAAUAUCAAGAACUUGGAAAACAGGUUACGUGCAGGUCUGUGUGACAGGUGUACAGUCACCCAGGAACUGGCCAGGAAAAAACAACAGGAAUUUGAAAAUUCUCAACUUCAAAGUCUUCAACAUAUUUCCAUUCUCACAAAUGAAAUCAGCGGAUUGAAAGAAGAAAACAAAAUGCUUCACCAAGAACUGAGAAAGAUAAAAUAUUUCUUGGAUGCUAGGCAAAGUCAAGUGUAUCCAAGAGGAGGCCGUUCUUUGUCAGACAAUGCCACACCUUCAGAAUCACCCUUGAAUAUUAAAAGGAAACAAAGUUUGGAUUGUUCAUUCAGUUCUAUGCAGGAACAUCAGAGCCUUAAGCAACAGUCUAAGCCUUUUAUAGAAGAUAGCUCCACUGCCCCUAAAAGGUCUGUUUGCCAAAAUGUAUCUGAGAUACCAUUAUUUGACUUGCAUCCCCAAAGAAUAUCGAACCAGUUGCAUGGAACGAUAGCAGUGGUGCGUGCUGGUGCUGGUGCUGGAUCAUGCCAUACACCGGAGAGAGAUGCUGCUACAGCACAGUCCAGUAUGAAAAGCCAUGAACAUAGGCAGCAUGAGGAGGUAUGUAAUUUUGCUAAAGACUGGAGAAGAAGUAGACACCUUUUAGAGCAGCCAGUCAUGACAAUGGAAAAACAUGAAGGAGAAGGAAAGGAUCCAUCUCUUCUCUGCACAAAGACUGACGAAAUGGUUGACAGCUCUGUGGAGAAACCUUUGGAUUUAUCAGAUUACAGUAAAAUCAAAUUGCCAUCUUGGUCCACUGACAGAAGUAAACUGUCCAUACAAUUUGAGUCUGAGAAACCAAGAUUCAAAGAGCCAGCAGAGAAACAACACACUCACAAUAAUUUAGCAAGUGGAAAUUCCCAGGACAAUUCAUACUCUUAUGAAACAGUCGAAAAGGUGGUGAAUGUGGAUGCAUCCACUAAAGACAAGACACAGAUUGUAUCAAGCCCUAAAGAUGGAUUAAAAUUGAGUGACAAUGAAGACAAAGUGUACAAGAAUUUGAACAUUAAGGCACAAUAUGACAGCAAUUCUAAAUCCAGAGAGCCAGAUGUCAAUCCAAGGAUUAGAAUGAAACUAUGCACUAAAAGACCCAAGACCAGGAAUGGCCGAAAUCCAAGUGUGGAAGUUCAUCUGCAAUUUUUGAACAUGCAGCCAGAUAUGCAUGAUCCCCCUCAAUGUGAGACUGAAAACUUUCAAGAAGUGCUUGGAAGCCAAGAGAUAACUUCCGAAAAUGUGAAGCAUCAGUCUGGAAGCAAUGAGUUACAGCCAAAGAAGAAGAAAAAGAAAAGGCUACAGGACUAUUGGACUUCUGCUGCAUAUAAGAGAGGAAGACGAAUUAAAAGAUGCAAACCAACACCAUCAGCCUCCACACAUGUCUCAGAAAGCAGUGUAGAAAUCACAGGAAACAGAACAUCCAGCGACCCAGAGUUAAUUCCAGGAAGGACGUGGGUAGCAUUUGACAAGGCAGUUAUGACUCCAUCACAUUGUUCAAACUAAGAAGGAAAUUUAUUACAAAGACUACAAAGCAUUAGAACUGAAGAUUGAAGAUUCUCUGUGAGCAGAAAUAUUUACAUGCCAUUGUUAAGCUCUGGUUCAAUAACAAAAUUCUAACUUUUUUCUGAUCAACAUUCUAGUGGAUCAUUAACUGGUUUAGCAUUGAAAGCUUAUACUAAAGUGUAGAAAUUAGCUUUGUUUUUCAGAAUCAGAUGUGUUAUAUAUCAGAAUAACAAUAAUCUGGACACUUGUUGAUCCAGUUCUUGGUUUCAAAGAAAUCUGCCAUUUCUAACAGGUACUUUCUUGUUGAGCUAAAGAAUUGCUGAAGAAAUAGAGUACUUCAAUUUCCUGAUAAAGUCUUUACAGUCUAGGUACAGGGUAAGACCUUCGCUACCCCAAUAUUAUUUCUUAACCAUAACCUUUUAAAGUUCCUGCUGUCAUUCAUUCUUCCAUUCCUGAUACCAGCUUUUCCUACAUCCUCUCUAAAUGAGAUUACUUACAUAACAUCAAAUUCAUAGGACAUAAGCUCUGCAUGCUAAGACGGGGAAACAGAAGUGAAACAAACAUUUCUUUCACUUAGACAUCUUAUAAAUAACAGAAGGAUGUCCACUAAAGGCUAUCAAUCACUCAUAUAGAAGUCUUAUUUUACUUGUGGAUUCCUCCUUGUCUUGAGUCUUUCAAAUGUGUCAUCUCGUUUGACAUGAACAGUUGAGAAAACUCCUUUUAGAUACUACCCUGAUUUUUCUUGAUUGCAAAUGGAAACUCUUCACUUCUACUAUUUUACUCCCAAGAAUAGCCUAAGCUUAUGUGCCUGUGCUUUAUCACACACUGCUGUAAUACUUAAGUACACUACAUCAUUCUGUCAAUAGUUAUAUGACUUAUUCAGCUCUACCUACAUUCCUCUCAAUCUCUGACUUCCUCUGGUCAGAAUACUGAAGGUAUCGGAAUUUGUCUCAGGAUAUGUAGCUGCAAAACUCACUGUAAUUUUUCAAAGAAUACAAUGCUGGCAUUGUACCUUUCACUGGUGGAUAUUCAUUGGAGAGGCUCCCAUUUAAUGGGUGAGGCUUGAUCAGAAACAGAAAGUAAAAAAAACUUCACAAGUAUCUCAUUUUCAUUGACUUUUCUGAUCCUAGACUUUAGUAAAAUGCUGAUUUUUUUAAAGCUACUUUCAAUUUUGUAACAUUUCAAAAGCAAACAGGAGAAUCAUGGUAUAAAUGAGGCAAUGUUUCCUUUGGCCAACAGAAGAAUUAGUGCUAUCAUUUCCUGGUAUAAUAUGUGGAUUAAAGUGCAGCCAGGCCUAACCUCAGAGCAAACAUACCUGAGUCAUGCUGGAAACAGUAGCCAUUUUUCACAUAUUUCUAAAGAUUGGACAGUGAAUCAGCAAAACUACUCUGAGAUUGGUGCUCAGUCCAUAGACCCAAACUCUGGAAUUUGGCGGCAAAGCGUACCUUUAAAGCCAAUUAAAAUGCAGCUUUUAAAUUAAUUCUAAACUAACAAAGAAUCUGGUUUAGGCUGUUGCACUUCAAAAGAGAACUUACAAGGAGAUAAAGACAGUAAAGCUUUCUUUGUGUGAGUUUUGGGCUGUUAAAAGAUACAUUUGAAGAAUUAGCUGCAGUAUUUACUCCAGUUAGAUAACAUCUAGGUUAAAAUGCCUGGUAUCGAUUCGAAUUUCUCCAAUUUAGUUAUAAAUGGUGAGAGAUCUACUUCCAGGUGUUUAAUGUAAAUUAUUUAAGUCUGCAGAUGAAAAUAGCAAAGAAUCAACUUGGAGUCAUUAUCAAUUCAAACUUUUAAAGCACAUUCUGUGAAGCCAAAUAGUUUUACAGCCGGAGGACAAUAUCCACUUUGCCUGCUUCAUAUAUCCAGUUUGAAAUACUGUGCACUCUCACGUACAUAAUUUUAUUCAUCACACUUUUCAUAAAACAAAUAAAAAAUGGAUUUCUGUAGACAGUUUUGAACAGUCCCAUGUGUGAAUUAUAAGAAUAAUAAUAAUGAUUGGCCAGGGACCAAUGGGAAGCUACUCAAAGUGCACCUAUCCAGAUACUGAUUUUCUGACCUGCUGUAAUUGGACAAUGUACAUUGUCUGUACAAACAACAAAAUCAUCCGUAUGCCAGAAAUUGCUUCAUAGUUGUGGAUUAAUUGAACUUUAUACUAACUAUUGAUAUCACAGUAUUUUCACUGUACAAAAUGUUGAAAUAAAUAAUGUCAUGCAGAUGAAUGCAAUAUUCUAAAAGUGCAACUUACCAACACCUUCUAGCCCCUACAGUUUAAAUAGUCUAUUCAAUUUAACUGUGUAUUUAUAAAUCAUCUGUAGACAGUGUGCUACUUUGGGAAUGUAGACAAGCAUUUAUAUUUAUCUUAAGAUAAACUUCAGCAAUUUCAUUUCCUGCAUCUCUUAAUGUGUUUAUGUAAAAUUCCUUGUGUGCUCUUUAACACAGCCUAUUUAAAUUAGUUAAGGGCAAUAUCAUCAUGCAAAGCAAUGAGACCGUACAACACAUUAAGCCCCAUAUUUGUUAUAAAAAUAAAUGUCCAUGCUUUGAGUAUUAACUUGUUUUGGGCAGGAAUUAAAUGAUAUAAACUAAAAUGUCAAAAUGUCAUCUAAAUUCUUUUAGAGGAUCUCAUUCAUGGAAUCUUGUUUUCAUAAAGUUGAUCAGAAAGACAGGCAUGUUAUCUGAUACUGAACUCCUAUGUGAACUAAUUCUAAAACUGUAAAUCUUUAGGUUAUCACUGUUAUUGAAAGUGUUGCCUUUUCACACUGCUAUCUGUUAUAAUUUUUCAGCAGCUAAGUCAGAAAUUGUAAAGAGAUGCAAAUGGUGUAACUGGGUAAAUUGUAUUCUAUUGCACUAUGACAGAAUGUAUUUGCAUUUCAUUUUGCUGCAAUGGAACUGAAUUUUUUUUAUACUCAUUGUGAAGAGCAAGCACCUGUGUUAAACCAAUAGCAGAGUUGUUCAUUUUUUAUUAUUUCUUAGGUAACCAGCCUAUUACACCAGUGCAAUGUUCACUAGAGAGAUAUUGCAGGGCAUGUAACUUAAAAAUGUGAAAAACGUUGCUGAAUAAAAUUGUUCACUGUAAAUAAUGAUGUCUUUCAGAAA